ACUGCCGCUGCUACUGCUGCUGAUGCUACUGCUGCUACUGCUACUACUGCUGCCGCUGCUGCUCCUGCUGCUGCUACUGCUACUACUACUGCAGCUGCUGCUGCCGCUGCUGGAUGUUGCACGGUGCCGUGCGGUGUUUUGUAGUGGACGUGCACAUACCCUGGCACAAGCGCCGUGGUGACGUUGCCGCCACUUAAUAGCGAAUGGUGGCUGUUGUUGUACCCAGGGAGUAGGUGAGGGUUAUUCGGUGUCUUUUGAGAACGGAGGGGAAAUAUUCACCAAAAAUGAAGAUAGGGUUCGUACAUCAGCACAUCACUUACUACCCCUUGACUCCACCACCGCUGCUGCUGUCAUGCAUUGCCAGUCUCCACCCACAGCCGGGACGCCGUGGAAAAGCGAGAGGGGACUGCCGCAGUGAGAACCGCCUCUCACGAGCAGCCCCUGGGGUCACCAGGAGCCUCCACCACCACCCUCACCACCCCCAACAGCACCACCACCCCCAAUUUACAGCUGAAGACUGUGCAACAUUCUGCUCCCCGCAUUCACACAGUGGGCUGUCACGUAAACACGCCCCAUCGAUGUUCGUGCGGGCUGUAGGAGCGUUGAUCGCACAUCCACCAGGCUUCCCGUGAAGACUGAAAGUAUGCAAGCUGACGGAGGGGGCCUCCAGGCCGGCGAGGAGACUUACGGCGGCGGCGGUGACUCAUGUGCAGGGCUGGGAGAGGAGACGCGAGGGAACCGCAUGGCUUCGGGCUCGUGGGCCGAGGUGGAGGUGGAGCUGGAGGACACGGGCGACGGGCGGAGUUGGGCACCCACGCUCCAGUUCCACUACGUUUCACCUGCGUCUUCAUCUCAGGAGCGAGGAUCCAGGCUGGCAAUGCGGCGCCUAGUGAAGAAGGUGCGGGGCCCCCGGGUGACGCGGUUCUCCCCACGCGAGAUGCUCACCCUGGCGCAAGAAGCGGCCCGCCGCGUGGGGCCCCUCUACGGCCAUGGUGGCGCCCUCGCCAACGCGGCCACCCGUCGCCGGGCCUGGGCCGAGAUCGCCCACGCAGUGCGGGCGCACAGCAUCUUCCCCCGCACGCGGGACCAGUGCCGGCGCCGUUGGGACGACCUUCGGCGGUGGGCCAAGAGGAAGGCCCUGCGGGCAGCCGGCAGCGCUGAGCUAACGGGGAUCAAGCGGCUGCCAGUUGGAGUUGUGCUCACCCGACCAGAGGAGCUCGCCCUCGGCACCUUCCCCGAGCUGUCCAUGGAGGGGCUCGCCGUCUGGGACGUGGGGUGGUCUGCACGGAGCUCCGUCGACCGCGGCAAUGGGGCAGAGCCGCCUGCUAUGGUGGCAGCAGGGGCCGACUCGUGGCCGGACGAAAAGGCUGUCGACCUCCUGGUAUUGGGCCCCGUGGCACCGCUGGUGGGCGGCCCGCUGCAUUACGCGGCGGCGAAGUCGACGGAAGAGGGAGCAGACGAGUCGUCAUCUAUCCCCGAUGUGGAGCGGCGUGAUAAUGUAGAGGAGGAGGAGGAAGAUGAGGAAGAGGAGGAGCGGCAGGAGGAGCUGGCGGAAAGUUCGGAUGAGGCAUGGGCGGCGAGAGGCUCCUCCUCUCCGCCCAACGUUGUGGGAGGACGCCCCCUCGCCCCCAUCUCCAGCACGGAGAAGUCGUCCGUGCUGCCCUGCCCAUCCCCUGCCACCGUUUUUCCUCCACGGUUCCCCCCCCGUGUGUCCCACAGGGGCGCGCAUGCAGGGGCCCCUCCCCCACCCCCGGCCCCGCCCCCGGCCCCGGCCCCGGCCCCUCGCAUCGCCGUGACCACGCGUGAGCGUGACGCGACCGCGCAUGACGCGACCGCGCGUGAGUGUGACGCGACCGCGCGUGAGCUCGGGCGACCCGUGGGCGAGCUGCUGUCGCGACUGGAUGCACUGGCCGAGACGCAGCAGGAGCUCGUGGUCCAGGGCCUCGAGCACCUACGCCUGCUGAGGGAGCAGGCCGAGAGCCAGCGGCACGCCGAGCGCCACCUGGGCUCCAUCGCCGCUGCCCUGCAGGAGCUGGCAGCGAUGAAGCGAACGGGGGAGCCGCUACAACGGCCACCCGGUGGAGGUGCUGGCACCAGAGACUCCGGCCCCAGAGACUCUGGCCCCGGGCCCCUGGGAGGGCGAAGCCGGAACUGGAACAGGGCCCGUGGACGGGACCGGGACAACCGCAGGAAAACAGGAGCUGGUUUUACCCUGAGGACCCGGCAGAGCCAUCCUGGACCCUGACUCCAACCUCCACUUCAUGUUUUAUUCAACUUGUCUAAUGCCAAGUAAUUUGUUGUGUCUCCAACAGGGAGAGGCUGCUGCGAGUUGUGUCAGAGUCUCUAUGAGCAUCCUUAACUGCGACCCCACCUGGUACAAUUUUCAACGACGGCUUGAUGUCAUCUAGCUGUGCCUACCAUGAACAUAGCGAUAAAGUGCUUUAUAUAAAAAUCUAGGAAUCGCAAGCUAUUUUUUUAAGUUGUGUGUGUUGACAUGUAUGUAUGGACGUUGAACUUCUUUCGCCAACCAUGCUAAUUGGAGGUGUGGGUGAAGAACAAACUAAAAACAAAAUGCAGUUGUAAAGAAAUUAGUUUUCAAUCUAGAUGAUUUUAAAGUGCAUAGCUCCAGUGGCUUCCUAAUAUUGGAAGGAAGAGCGUUCCAGGUGACUGCAGAAGCGCAUAUAAAAGCGGCCGAUGCGGUGACCAUCUUUGUUAAAUGGCUAGCCGUAAGCUACUGCUGGGAGGCUGACUGGAGUGUGUAAUGGUUUAUGCUCCUUGACGAGAUCAGCAAGGUAUUGUGAUUAAUUUAUGGCAAGCACUUGAUGUGUAAUGACUGCGACCUUAUAACGUCUUCGUUCGGCAACCGGAAACCCAAUGCAGCUCAGUGAGCACGUGAACAUUUCAACGGUAUUUCACAUAUCCGUAUUUACCUGAUUGAGAUGUAGAAGCCUUGAAUAUGAUUGGCUUGCUAAAGCAUUAUGUGGCUUGCUAAAGCAAGCCACAUAAUUGUUGACUCCAGAAAAGCUUUCACUUUAGAGUCCAUCUGAGGUUGGAGUUAUUUUGGGAUGGAGCUUCUGGUUGAUGUCUGGCUCUUCUACCUGCAUGAUGUCUGCAUGAAUCACUGCAGCAUUGAUUUAAUUUCCUUGUUUCUCUGUUACUGGACCUGUCAUAGUUGCCCCAACAGCCACUUUCAUCAUCAUCAAUCUCUUCUUGUCGCUCUGCUCAUGUAGCACAUUACUGGACAUAUGAGAAUGCAUAACGUCGAGUCCGACAUAUGUGAUGAUAUCUGUUGAGUCGUUCACGAAGCAAUUACAUACAUUUUUAUUUAAUUGCUUCAUGUAAAGCUGGCGACCAUUAGGAGGUUCUGCAAAAGCAAGGAUUCUCAAACGUAAUCAUCGCAAACCUGUAUGGCUACAUGGUUAGUUGUGAGAACGGCCACUCGAUCAUCCAGCUACCUCUCCUGCUUGUCUCAGCUGUUGAUAUUGCCACGACUGUUGCAUUCAAAAGCAAUCUGGCUUGACUCCACUUCCAAUAUCUUGGAUGUGUUCUAUAUGCCUGGCCGCUUGAUUAUCCACUCUUGAUUAGUGGACUGAGGUCAUCUAACUUGGGUCACUACUUGGUUUAAAACCAAGGUCUCAAUGGUGCUGACUAGGUGAGUUGAUCCGGUGAUACGAACCCAUUAAGUUACCUAGCUACAUAUCGCGUGUGUUUUUAAUAAAUAUAUUUUUUAUAUAUGGUUAAUUUGGUCACGGUUUUUUUGUUGUGACUAGAUUAUAAUUAACUCUCACAA